AUGGCGACCUUAGGACAACAUGUUCCAACAAAGUCUUACUGCUUUGUUUACAGGUAUCAGAGCACAACCUUACCUGGUUUAUUCCCAAAUACCAACCCUGGCCUUGGUCACAAGAAUGCUACUUUUCCAGAGGGAGGAAGACCCCAAAAGUUAAAUCUGAGGAGAAAGAAAAAAAGAGUUGGUGUAAACCAAGAUGCAAGACAUGUCAAAGGAAAUGAAGAAAUAGAAAAGGAGUUUGGUGAUGUGCAACUUACUCAACCUAAAGGAGAAGAUUAG